ACUGCGGCCUGCGAGGAAGGAAGCAUCCAGUGUUGAUACUAUAAACAGCCCCUAUUUAAAAGUUUUCAUUAAAAAAAAACAAAGUGAAAAAAAGUAUGAAUUCCGUUAUAUCGGCUGUCAUCGUCAUUUUGGCGGUAAACGUAUCGACGGCGUUCGGAUGGGGCUACCGAGCUUCUGACCAGCGCCGAUGGGCGGUGCUUCACCCAGCUUGCGGGGGGCGGCAGCAGUCCCCCAUCGCCAUCACCGCCAGACAAGCCAUCCCCAUCUCUAUACCGGCCAUGGAGCUGAUUGGUUACCAGAACCCUUUGCCGGGACCACUCACGACCACCAACAACGGACACUCAGUGGCACUAACAAUACCAAAAUACUCAUCGGAAGAAGAGAAAAAAGGUUUCCGACUGCCCUACAUCUUCGGCGGUCCGUUAGACAACGAGUAUGAGAUAGAAGGGCUCCACUUUCACUGGGGAGACAAGAACAACCGCGGCUCGGAGCACACACUCAAUGACAUGAGACUGCCUCUGGAGAUGCACAUUAUACACAGGAACAAGAAGUACCGGAGCCUGGCUGAAGCCUUGCAGCAUCCGGACGGGCUUUGUGUCCUUGCCUUCUUCUACCAGGUAGUGGAAUUCGACGCCAAACUGCUCACACCCAUCGUGAAGAACCUGUCCGCGAUCGAGAACUUCAACAGCAGCACGCAGCUCCCACACACUUUCUCCCUGUCGUCCAUCCUGGCGGGGCUGGACGCUGAGCGCUUCUACACGUACAAGGGCUCGCUCACCACGCCGCCCUGCGCUGAGGCCGUCACGUGGGUCGUGUUCUCCGACUACCUUCCCAUCUCCGUGUUCCAGAUGGAUAACUUCCGCGGUCUGCUCUCUAAUCUGAACCUGCCACUUGUAGACAACUUCAGACAACUCCAGCCGUUGUUCGGACGGCGGAUCUUCGUCAGGAUCACGUCCAAAAAUCCGAAGUUCAAGAAAACUAAACUUCACUACUCAAAAUGGGACUGGGUAGGCCAUAAAAAGAGUGAAAACGACGUCGCAGAUUUCGACGACUAAACUAUAUACUGUAAUUCCAGACUAACUGAUCUUGUAACUAAUCUUAGCACUCUACGGGUAUUAAAUAUGUUUAAACACCAAAUAUUUGACGAUAAAGUUACCAAUUCUAGUAAUUAAUUAGGGUACACCAUAAUAAUGAACCAAGUAAUUUAUUUACAAGACUAACUCAUACCAUUCAAGUUUAAUUUUGUAAUAAAUAAUUUGGAUUAAGAAUAUUAUGAAGAACUGAAUAUGUUGUUCACGUAACAUAACUAAAUUAUAACUGAAACUGAACUUUAUCUUUGACAAAAGCGCGCGCGCUUUAAUGUUAAACACUGCCGCGUUAAAGUUUUGGCCACCAGGGCCAGCAAUUCUCUUUCUACUAACGGUAACGCUUCGAUAUUUUGUUAAUUUUCGAAGCGUUAGCGUUUGUAAAAAGAGAAUAGAUGUGCCACUUGGCUAUUUAUUCGCCCACUUUAAUAUACUCGCGUCAUAUUAAAGUGGGCGGAUAAUUGUGCCUCUGAGUAUAUUUUAUUUGAUGUAGAAUUAUUAUUAUUGGUUAUGUGAACAAUUUGGGUUUAGUCUACUUGUUUAUGGUUGUGUGCACUGUAUCAUAUUGAAUAUGCGUGCGAAUAAGUAUUAUUUGUGUAAGUUAAUAUAAUAAAUGUAAAUAAAUAAAGAUAUAAUAAUA